UCGACGACUUGCUUUGCCAGUGCCCAAUAUCAUCAUCGGAUAUCAUCAUCGGAUAAUAUAUCGAACUACCUUACCAAGUUUAAUCGCCAAUCGUCUUCGACAUGAACCGCUUCGAGACUCUCGUCCAGGACAUCAAGGACAUUCUGGGUCCAUCGUCGGGUUUGACUUCGGAAGAUGUAGACGUCGGAGAUCUAACACUUAAAAUGGAGCGAUACGUUUCCGAUGAAAAGGAAUGGUCCAAGUACGCCUUAGGAAACGCCAACAUGGCGUACACUAGAAAUCUCGUCGACGAAGGGAACGGCAAAGCGAACUUGCUCAUCCUCGUAUGGACGCCAGGCAAAGCGAGCCCUAUCCACGACCAUGGCAACGCUCAUUGCUUAAUGAGGGUCCUCCGGGGCAGCAUCACCGAGACUCGGUACGACUACCCGGACGGCAAAGAGGCGCCGAUGCAGAUCAAAAAAGAAACCACCCUUAAGGAAGGUGCCGUUGCGUAUAUGGCAGACAAUCUUGGGCUGCACCAGGUAGCCAACCCAGGCAGCGACUAUGCCGUAUCCUUACACCUGUACACUCCGCCGAACGUGGCCAAGUUCGGGUGUAAUAUCUUCAGCCCCAAGACGGGUAAGAUGACACAUGUUCCCAAGUGUGGUAACUACUCGAAGUUUGGUGAACGAGUAGAGGAUUAAGAAACGCCCUUUUAGCUAGGGCUAAGAUGUGACCAUGACUGAGAAGGCGUAUGGUGUUUUUGCCCUUUUGCGUUUUCUCUCCCUUCCUUUUGGCAGGGGAAACCCUCUCUCAAGACCAACAACAUGAUAUUGGGUAGUGGCUGGCGAUAUGGUCGGAUG